GGAGGGAGGCGUGGUGUAGGAAGAGGAGGUAGAAAGGGGACGGGGUCCCAGCUGAGAGGGCGGACAAGCAAGCAGGCAGGCAGGCAGACGGAAGGGCGAGAAGGAGAGGACCUGUCUGAGGCAGAGGCGCCCGCCAGAGCGAGCCGGAGUCCUCUGAGGGAAGGAGGGAGCCUCCGUCCGCCUGGCCUCGGUUGAACCCCUCAGCGGCAGCAGGAGGAGGAGGCUCCAACAAGGCCGGUGCACUGGGCUGGGCUUCUCCUUGGUGGGGCGGUGGCCGGCCCUCCUCCUCCUCCUCCCUGCCGCCCCGUUGCCCUCUCGGCCCUUCUCCUUCUACUCUCUGGGCUGCCGCCGCUGCUGCUGAGGGGAUUUGGGCGCCGGGGAAUUCCUCGCCCUGCUGCCGCCGCUGCUUCAUUUUGGGGUCCAAGGGGGAGCUGGAAGAAAAGAGCCUCAAGGCCGCGCGAUCACCACCUUCCUCCUCCUCCUCCUCGUCGUCGACAUGUCGGGCCAGUCGAUCACGGACCGGAUCACGGCGGCGCAGCACAGUGUCACCGGCUCGGCCGUCGCCAAAGCCGUCUGCAAGGCCACGACCCACGAAGUCAUGGGCCCCAAGAAGAAGCACCUCGACUAUCUUAUUCAGUGCACAAAUGAGAUGAAUGUGAAUAUUCCACAGCUGGCAGACACACUUUUUGAGAGGACAGCAAACAGUAGCUGGGUAGUAGUGUUCAAAGCUCUAAUUACAACACACCACCUCAUGAUGUAUGGAAAUGAGCGUUUUAUCCAAUACUUGGCAUCUCGAAAUACCCUGUUUAAUCUCAACAACUAUCUGGAUAAAAGUGCCAUGCAGGGCUAUGAUAUGUCUACCUUCAUCAGACGAUACAGCAGAUACUUGAAUGAAAAAGCACUUUCUUACAGACUUGUAGCAGUUGAUUUCACCAAAAUGAAAAGAGGGAUUGAUGGUGUGAUGAGAACAAUGAAUACUGAAAAACUUCUGAAAACACUCCCAAUUAUUCAGAAUCAACUAGAUGCACUUCUCGAUUUUGAUGCAAACCCAAAUGAACUAACGAAUGGUGUAAUAAAUGCUGCUUUCAUGCUCCUCUUUAAAGAUUCCAUUAGACUUUUUGCAGCCUAUAAUGAGGGGAUCAUUAACUUGUUAGAAAAGUAUUUUGAUAUGAAGAAGAACCAGUGCAAAGAAGGUCUGGAUAUUUACAAAAAAUUCUUAGCCAGAAUGACCAAAUUGUCAGAAUUCCUCAAAGUGGCAGAGCAAGUUGGAAUUGAUCAGGGUGACAUUCCAGAUCUUACUCAGGCUCCCAGCAGUCUGCUUGAAGCUUUGGAGCAGCAUCUGGCUUCACUGGAAGGGAAGAAGACAAAGGAGGUUUCAGCUGCUAGCAGAGCAAGCACCCUAUCCAGUGCAGUUUCUACACUUGCCAACACAGGAAUGUCCUUCACUAAAAUGGACGAAAGAGAGAAACAGCAGGCAUUGGAGGAAGAGCAAGCUAGACUUCAAGCACUGAAGGAACAGCGAUUGAGAGAGAUUUCUGUGGUGUCAAAUUCAACUUCUACAUCUGCCUCUCCAAGCACUUUAUCAGGGAAGAGUGUAAACACCAAUGCUGCAGCUGUUGACCUAUUUGCAACACCUGCUCCAACCACCAAUAGCAUGCCCAACCUUUCUACUGAUCUCUUUGAUCUCCAACCUGCAUUUGUUCCAACGGUACAGAGUACUCCAGCCAUAGCAACAUCAGCAGGCAGUGCCUGGGGAGGAACUUUCUCAUCCACAAAUGGUUGUGUUGGGUCUCCACCCCACCUGGACCUCUUUGAUAUGAAGCCAGUUGAAGAAGCUGUAAAAAGUACCACCCCUUUUGUGACAUCCACCUUUACCUCCAAACAAACAGUGGAACUGUUUAGUGGAUAUCCCCUUAAUUCGGUACCACAGAAUACUGCCUCUUCAACAGUCAAUGUGGAUUUUGAUGCUGUAUUUGGUGGCAAAUCAGCAGUACAAGAAUUUAGAACUGCAACAGAUGAUGUAUUGCAACCAACAGUACAAGCUCAAAAUCAGAGAGUAGCUUUAAUUGGUCAGCACAGUGGGAAGAUUUUGGCCAAUGACCUUGAUUCUUCACUUGCUAAUCUGGUUGGAAAUCUUGGCUUUGGAGGAACACCAUCGAAAAAAUCUGAUAUGCAGUGGAAUCAGCCUACAGAGAAGAAACUUACUGGUGGAACCAACUGGCAAGCGAAAACAAGCACCUCAACUACAUGGAAUACUGUCCCUAUUCCUCCUGCUCCACAGAUGGUACCUGCUCCAGUAACCUACCCACUGAAUACACCUCAAGUGCCUGUGUAUGGAAUGGUACCUGCUCAGAUUGGAGCUACUCCUAUUAUGGCACCGCAGCCUAUGAUAUAUACCCAAACCAGCCUAAGGCCAACAAAUCCUUUUGCACCUAUCUCUGGAACACAGAUACAAUUUAUGUAGACCCGCCAAAGCAGCAAGACACUUUGACAACCAAAUAUUGGUAGAAAGAAGACAGAACUUUUGAACUGCGGUCCUCACUAGGGCACAUACCUGCUUCCCAUACAAUAUCAAUUACUUUGAAUUGCUGUGCUUUAGAGAUUAUUGUUAUAACAGUCACUAUGGUAUGAAAUCAUGUUUGGUUUUGGAUAGCAUAAGACUGUUUUCAGUGGAAAGCUGAAGUAUUCUGAAGCUGAAGGUCAGCAAAAUAUGUAAGGAGAAUCCUGACUUUCCCUUUUUAAAUAAGAGCUUACUUGGAAACUCUUCGCAGCAUUUCCAUGCAACAGCUAGCCUCUAGUAAGCUAGUGGAGGGUAUAAUUAUUCUAUUUAUUUUCUCCCAGAAUUCUGUGGCUGUUGUUACCAUGGCACCAUUUAAUGAAGUUGAGCAAUAAACCUUUCAGAUACUCUUAAGCAGUACCUGAUACAAUAAGACUCUGAGAAGAAUCUUGCAUUAUCAGAAAUGCCAAUAUUGACUGCUUUUUCUCAUGCUAGACUAGCUUCUUCUAAUUCACAAAUUUUGUACUGUGAGUUUUAAAUGCUGUGAAUCAACUUUUAACUAAAUGUAGGCCAUUAACAGAAAACUAUAGUCAAUUGGCAUUUCAGCAGAGCGUUGCCUUGCCAAGUGAUAGAGCUAUGCUUUGGCAGAGACUGGGGCACCUGACCUAUUCUGAAGAAAAUAGUAUGUUACAAAGUAGAGUGUGUGCAGUCCUGGCAUGGAUGGCAAUAGCUGCACUUCCUUAUGCAGCCUCUUAUGUACAGAUAGCAGCAUCAUUUCAUACUUUAGCUAGAGUUGCCUUCAUGUCCCAGAAAAAAGUCUGCAGGUGGCCAGCAGCAGUGAGUCUGGGAAGCUUUUUGCCCUUAAUUUAAGAUGUAGGGCACCAGCAUUUUCUUAGUCAUUCAUCAUUUACAGUGCUGCACUUUAAGAACUGGAAAAUUGUGUUCCUGAGCUCCUCUAUCCCUCUAUAACUUGCGACCCAUGUUGUGGGUAAAGGAGCAAAAGAAAAUUUUAAAAGGGCCAGUCACUACAUAAAACAAACUUUUUUUGGGGGGGAGGAGGGAGUGUAAAUAUUUGUAAACCCUGAAAUACAAAAAAAAUCUAGUGCUGCAUAAUCUUUUCUUCUUCUUUGUAACACAUUCAAAAUGCAGAUAUUGUACUGCUUUAAGACAUUUAGCUCAAAUUUCUUUUGUAUUGAAAAGUUCAGACCAUUAUCCUUCAAGAUACUUAAGAUAUUAUUGCAGUGUAGGAGAAUGUAAGAUGGUCCAUGAUUUUCAAACACAAUGCCCCCAAAUAAUGAAAGGAUUACCUUAAACAUUAUUUUUAAAUUUGUCAGAUGGAGUCCAGGGCAUACCUAUGAGGGGAGAUGGGAAGCAAAAAAUGAUGAUGAUUAUUUAUUUUUUAAAGAACAUUUUAACUGAAGAAAGCGUGCAAACUGGUUCUUUCCUUUCUAUCACUGCUGUGAUGAUUUUCUUGUCUUGAGCUCAUUGCGGUAGCAAUAACAGCAAAAAGCCUCUCUCUUAAAUGUCAAUGUGGCUUUCUUUCAUUAAGCUUGCCCAUUUUUAUCAUUUAAAACUUUUUGCAGCACUUGAGCUUGAUCUUCCAAGUGUUUUUGCCAAGUUAUUGGCCCUUGUUCCGUGGGAAGGGAUUUGCAGAAACAAAAAGUACUUUUGUGGCUCAGGCUGUGUCAAAUUCUAGAAAACCAGUCUUUUCCCUGUAAGUGUCUUUUGUGUUUGUUAAUAUUGUGCCAAGAAUGUAAAUAUAUAUAUAUAUGCUUGCUUCAAGAAAGAUAUACUUGUUUUGUCAAACUAAACAUGAUUUUUUUAAAAAAAUCAACUUGUUUUUUUACAUAUGUGUUUGGAAUUUGUAACCACUAACUUUGUAUGGAUUAAAUGUUGCAAGUUGGAAAAAACGUUUCAGACCAAAUCUUGGACAUGUACUGGCAAAGACAUAAACUGGAUGCAUGUACAGUAAUUAAAUGUGGAAAAUGAAUUUUCAAGGGCUUUGGGCUUUAAUGUACUCUCCUGGUUUGUCCAAAACCAAUAUUUAUUGUAGCCCUAUACAAGCUGGAGCAGCUUACUUAAAGGCCUUGUUUUAGUUGAUAUUCUAGUGAGUUAAUUCAAUUGAUCCUCAUUUAGGAUUUUAAAUCAUGCUUCUAACCAAUUUUCUGUCUUUUAAUCCAGUUUGGAUCAGUACAUGUAUUUAAAUUACACAGAUUUUAUAAUAACUAGCUAAAAUGUUUGAUCUCAGAGGCUGUGACCAUGUAAAGUUUGGGGUUGUAAAAUAGGCAGCAACCUUUUUUAUCCCCCAGAUAUUAUUUUCUAAUAAUUCAGUUUAACUGUGCUUAAUUUAUUGCAUUUACUGGCUGCAGUCUUACAGCAGGGAAUUUCAUGCAGUACCCACCUCCUCAGAGAGAGGGCAGCUUCAACUCUCCAAAUGAAUGGGUUUAUGUAUGUUGUUUAUAUGCUUUCUACAACAUUAUACAGUAAUCAUUGAUGUAUCCAUUAAAAUCAGAUUCAAAGCAUAAUAAUAAUCACAAUAGUCCCACGGUAGCAUAAGCCCCCAAUACUUACACAUUCUUGCUUCUAUUCAUAUGCAAUUUAAUUCAUUAAGGAAGACUGGAUUUUGUAAUUUCUCUUUUCGUAUCUAACUUGCCAGCUCAGUGACCUGAACUCAAAUGUUACUGAGUAUGUGCAUCUUCUCAUGCUUGCAAUCUUUGUAAGCAGUGUGAUACUUGCACAACCUAAUUUAACCUUUACUCUACAGCAAAUGUGUGGGGAUUCCCCCAUGCUCAUACAUGAAGGUAACCUGUAAACCCUAGUAAUGGCAUUACUCUUAACCAGUAAUGGUUAUUUGAGGAAUUCUUUUUAAGAAUUGUUGCCCACUAUACUGGUGUAAUUUUUGUCAGAUUCAGUUUUACAUUCUGUCUCCAAUAACCCUAAACUUGGAGGUUGUGCUUUUAUCCUAUAACCAAGGACUUUGAUUUUAUAAUAAAUGAGCUUUCUAGACAAUAAGUGAUUAUCUAUUUGUUCAAUAAACCAAUGGCAUCUUGUCCAGAAAAGUAAUAAAUGUCAGUAGCUGUAUUUUGGCUGUCAAUAUUAGCAUUGAACCUUUGUAGGUAAUACUUAGUCUGUAGUUCUUUAACUUAUAUCUAAAAAUCUCCCUCCUUUAUCAGAUCUUUAAUGUGCAAUUGGUGGGGUGGUUCUUGAGUAUGAUUAGAGUGCUGUCUUUGCUUCAUAUUUAGGUUGCCGCAAUUGAGAACAGUGGCAAGGUGUGAGAUCAAAAUAAAUUGGGGGAAGAGCAGAAUACAGUCAUGGCUAGUCCAGUGGUGGAGGAAGCCUUUCAGGCACGUGGGGUGGGGUGAACCACCCAUAGGGGCGGGGCAAACUGCUCAUGGGGUGGGGCACUCGGCGCUGAUAGGGACGGAACAGGGUGCUCAGCAUCCCGUGCCGUCACUAUGGGCACUGCCACACGCUGCGUCCCUGUGGGCACUGUCACGCACCCUGUGCCAUUCCUAUGGGUGCUGAGCGCCAUGGGGCGCGCAGUGCCCAUAGGGACAAGACCGUGCCCUUAGGGACGAGACAGGGCGCACAGUGCCCAUAGGGUCGGGGCUCACACCGGGGCCUCAGCCACCCUACAGCUGGUGGGGGGGAGGCAGGCAGACAGUACAGAGCCUGUGGGCGCUGAGAUAUGUGGCUUGUGCGUGCUGCAAGCCCCGCGGUGACGAGUGCUGCCUGCCAUUUUGUCACCCCAUGUCAGGGUGGCACCCAGGGCAGACCGCCCUCUCCCCCCCCCCCUUCGUACCUGGGCUAGUCAUCCCUACAGCCAUACUGGGUCUUUAGGGAAUUGUCUGUCCUUAUGGAAAACCAAAAUAACAGUUUGGUCACAACUGCUAGCACCACUUUCUGUGCCAAAUCUGGAGAAUUUGAACUCUCCUAUCUCUGUGGAGGUGGGUUUAUCACUCAUUUCCUUGCUGAAAGAUUGCAUCUUUUUUUUAUAGCUGACCCUAGCAGUUAGAUGGUGGUCACUGUUAACAUUAUUGAAACUGCAUUUGGGGUUGCUGUGGCCAGAAUUACACUUUUAUUCGUCUUGCCAGAAAUGCUAAAAGUACAGGUAGCUGUACUAUUUUCAACUUCCAGUUGGCGAAAGGUUGUUUACAGUGGUAUUAGUGGUGUUUAUAAUUGAACUGUCUGAAUAAUGUUAGAUUAUAUGUAUUUAAAGGUUUUUAAAAGCCAAUAAGAUGUCCAUCAAACAUACUUGACAUUUGCUGCUUCCCUAUUAGAUAUAUUAGCAGGUUAAAGCUAACUAUAAAAAUAGCAACUCAACUAAACUCAGGACUGGAUUGCACUGCAUAUGACAUCGUUUUGUAAAUUUAUUGUGAGAGUAAGAUGCUGAGCAACCUACUGCCUUCUCAAAGAUACUGACUUUAGAGAACAACUCCUUCCUUAUGAAUAUAUUGGUAUCAUUUCUAUUAUUCAUUAUUUUAGGGCAACCUACCCAUGCUGACUUGGGCUGAUGGUAGUUGUAGUCUAAAACAUCUGGAGGGCGCCAAGCUGUGGAAGGUUGCCAUAGUGUUUUGGCCAUUAACGGGUUGACUGCAAAUAUGUGUUUGUGGUUCUGAAAUAUUUGCAGGUGAAGCAAUGUGGUGGUUGUCUUGUCACAAGAUUAUCCUUAAGGCAGUGCUAUCCUUAAGGCAGUGCUACAAGGCUGCCAUUUUAAAAGCUACAAAACCAAGGCAGAUUUAUUUCAUCUGUUUUUGUUCCAUUGUUUCCAUUGUAUUUAGGGUCACAGCCUAAAUCUUAAGAUUGGUGUGUCCUGGCUUUAGUUGUGUUUGAUACUUUUAUAGUUUGAUAAUUAGACUGGUAGGUCAGGGUUGUAAUUCCCACAGGUAUUCAGAGAAAAAAUGCAUGAAGCUGAGGAGAAAGAAAUACACACACUCACACUCCCCCCCCCACACACGUGGAUUUCUGUGUCAACACCAUUUUCUGCAUUUCCCAUAUUCAACUCUGAUUAGAGAUUUAUUUUUGCUUUUAAAAAGACAUAUAGGUUAUUAAAAUGGCAAGAAUUCUGUCUUAAAAGCUUUGGGAAGCAUGGACAGUUCGAUUAUAAUAUUAUGAUUUCGUACAUUCUUAAAACAGGAUGAGAGCGAUGGCAGUUUCAUCAUGUGGCUUCUAGGAGAGUGUGUGAGAAUCUGAAGGGUGAAAGGUGCCCUUGUACAGAGAGUGCUCUCUCUAAGGGUCAGAUUAGACAUGAUGAUAGUGGCUGUGCUUUUUUUGUUCACAUCUCUGCCUCGUUUUCAUAUAGAAAGGAAGGUGGUGUUUGAGCUUAAUAUUAGAAAGCAUGGACAGGCAUGGAAACCAGAGCCCGUUCCCUCCCGUAGUCCAUUGCCCACAUGUGUUCCUCCAGCUCUGCUUCUACACUGGAAAUGAAAUGAGCUGGGCGUAAAUAAUGGGCAAUGAUCCCCAUGUAGUUAAUGCCAUGGACUGGGAAGAGUCAGUCCCCUUUAUUGUUGCAAACCUGUUGCAGUUAAAGCCAGCCUCCACCUUACCCCACUUUAUAUGAAACCCAGGAAUAAAUAAACAUGGCUGCUAUGGUCACAUUAGUUGGCCAUAAGAAUAGAAAUGUGAUAUUAAUGGGUAAUAUUGUCAUACUUGAAAAUGUCUCUUCUAAAGCUGUUGCUCCUUUUCCUAGAUAUACAUUCAUUUUUUAAAAAUGUAAUAAAGACAUUUUCAGUCUCUGAUAAGAAUGUGUAGAGCUUAAAAAGAAAGCAAGUAUACUUUUGGGGUUUUUUUGUAAAAUGUUGUCUUUGACUUUAAAAUUAAAUACAGGGUGUACCUGGAUCUGUUUGGGGUUUAUUGAUGUGUGGUAAGGGUGGACUACAAUUUUAGAGUAGAAUGCACUGUGGAUCAGUGCUUUUAUUUGUACAUAAAAGGGAAAACUUCUUUUCUUUUUAAGUAGCCUGCAUUUUGAGAAUAAUAUUGACAUGCGCUGUGUACCAGUCACUUAUUUCCAUUUUAAAGAUUAUAUUUUUGAGUAAUGGGGAACUGUACGUGCUAUCUCUACAGUUUCUAGAAAUUACUUAGAAAUGUUGCUUUUGAAUAUGUAAUUUGACUUCUUGGCUGUCCCAUGUACUGCUUUAGUAUGUAUUGUGUACCUCAUACCCCCAGCUUUCUGAUGAUAGCAUUUAUUUUAAAAUAUUGUAAUAACCAAUGCAGUCUUUAUUCUUCUUCUCCCCCUACCCUACCAGUUUGGUAAAUAAUUUGAUGCAAUUGUAUUCCUUUAUAAAAUAGUUGGCUGGAUUUUUCUUGAAAUAUUGGAAGCAGGGGGAAAAGGUGUUAAAUGUGUAUGUUGUUCUGGGUUUGGUUUUCUAAUUGAUAAUUUCAAUUCAUUGUUCCCAAUAUUCUCUUCCUUGCCCCACCCCAAUGCAAUAGGUAUGUGCCUUUAUAUAUAUAUUAAUUUGACAGGUGCUUCCUGUUUGCAGGAUGACUCUUUAAAAUUCUUGUAUAAUUUUUGUCACAGCAGGGCAGUAUUGAUAAUCCAUAUAUUUGUAUUUCAAAUAUGAUUUAAAUUGCAUAUUGUAUCUGAUAUAGAAAAUGUAUUGGGGGUUUUUUCUGUAGUAUUUGAUCAUUUUCUAUUCUGUAGGUAGAACAAGCAAGGAAAACCUCAUUGUUGGAGAAGGUUGGAAGUUUAGUUGGGUUUUCAAGCAGGUUUUAGGUCCCAUGUGCUCACUAAACAACAUGCAGAGUUGGUUCCAGAUAGUUAGUAGCACAUAGCUCCCAUUGUAAUUAAUGGGACAAGUUAGUAGUAACUUGAUUACUGCCUUAGUCUGAUAUAACUGCCUUAGUCUGGGAUCAACAUAUGGUGUUGAGUUUGUUGAACAAGCCUCCUUGCAAUCAAGAGCAUAUGCCACUAACUCCCUAAUUAUUUCCUUCACAGAACAAAUAGGGGUGAGGGGGUGUCAAGAUUACUAGAGUGUGGGGGAAAGGCUUAAACCCUACUUCUUGUAUAUUAUAACCCAGACACCUGAUUCUCACUAUUUCCUCUCUUUUACUUUUUAAGACACAUGAAAUCAGGUUACUCAUUUCUUGCAUUGUCUAACAUGGUCCCAAGAGGUCAGUUGAAGGGAAGGAGCUGCUUAGUGAGUCUUACAGUCUUUGUAGUUUGGAAAGCAACUGCUUACAUCAGUAGUGCUAGUGCAGGCAAGGAGAGUCUCAGCAAACAUGGGGAGCUCAUGACACACUAGUGCCGUUUACCAGCUAUUGGUGGAAGCAACAGGAUAAAAGUUUCUGAGACAAAGCAUUUGAUUGUCACUGUGGUAUUAACAAUAUUUUCCCCUGUGAGUCAGUUUUUAAAAGUCUACUACACCUUAUUCUCAGAGAAAUGGUAUUGGUGAGCAUUAUAUUGCAUUAUGAGCCGAAUCCUUAAUUCAGUGACCUCUUUGCUUCAUCUGUCUCUAUCACAGCUAGGCAGCAGGAACCACAGUUUAAAGGCUAGAUGUGAAGCUGUGGUUCCUGCUGCCUGGCUGUGAUAGAGACAGACUAUAUUCAGAAAAAUAAUGUUGAAUGCAGCUGCAGAGUUGACUUCUUAUUUUAGAAAAAGAGGAAGCCGUCUUGUGAAUUUUUGUUUUGUUUCGAGAACAGAUUAUAGUAAUACCUGCCACAUUAAUUGAAUGACAAACAGCAAAAUGUUUGAAUGCUGCAUGAAUACCUAGCAGCCCAAAUUUUGUUUAGCUAAUAAAAUACAAGUUUAUAGCCAUAUGCACCUGCAGGAAAUUUCUUUUAAUGUACCAUUAUGAUUAAUCAACCAAUAGUUCUGUUGUGGUGAAGGCCACUAAACACCAAAAUGAUUCUAGACUUCAGUUUAUCAAAGCAGAUUCAAUAAUUUCCCCUCAACUGACAUAACAAAUAGCAUAUUUAAUUAUCUGUAAAACAAUUAAAAAUACAAGUACAAAUAAAAAUUGCAGGUUGUACAAGCAUUGGUAAGACAUUACUGAAUAAAUGCAUUUAGCAAUUUAUUUUGAAAACAGGGUUUCUGCAAAUGUUCUCAUAUUUUGUAUUUCAAACAUUUCUCAGUUUAUUUCAUAUUUGAAAUAUAGCUUAAUGGAGUGUAUUGUGUUUUUUAUUUAAACUACUCAAAAAAUGUAUUUUGCCCAGCUCUGCUUGUUCUUACUUAGAUUGAUUUUGAUAUGCUUUCCCUUUACAAAGUUGCAGUGUGAGAACAUGGUGCAUCUAGCCAUCAAAAAAAGUAAAUAAAUUCCUGCCUCUUCUUCCCGUCCCCAGCACUUACUUUGCUGAAGCACAGGGCUUGCUAUGUUAACAUUUUAAUGAUCCUUGACAGUAUGUAAAACAGGAGGUGGUUGAGAGUCCUCCAUUUUGUUAAUGAAACAGGUUUUGGAAAAUAAACUGGCACAAAGUG